AUAAGACCAGCUGACAUAUCCCAGUGAUAACACGCCCUUGUACGCCAAAUCAUAUAAUUCACAUUGCCAAGUGUUUAGUUUGGAUUAUUUUUAUCAGUUUUAUGCUAUUUACAAUGCUUUAUUAUGCUUACAUUUGUAUUAUAAUUUCGUCUAAUUAUGGUGUUUGUGGUCUUCAGUGUUCUGAGGGAGACUUUGUUGAAAUUUGUUGGAAUGUGUGGAAAAUCAUUUCAUACUAAAUGUGUUAAGGAUGACGUGGAAGGAAAGAAGAUUUGUUUUUACUGCAACUGGAGGUGUAAAGAGUGUCGUGAUGUCUCGUCAUCCCACAGCAGUGUUAGCUCUCUCACUAGCCCAGCCAUUUAGAAAUAAUUCAUUAUGUGAGUUUUUGAGGAGCUGAAGACUAAAGUCUUUAUGGAGCUGAAAACAUUCAGAGGUGAGUUUACUUAAUUUCCCAGCUUUGUAAAAUUCAUUUCUAAGAAACUGGAUGAGAACAAUAAGAAGGGAAAAUGAAGAGCUUCAUGCUAAGAAUGCAACUCUUACUAGUGACAUUACUUGUUUGGAGGAGAGACUAGUGACAUUACUUCUUUGGAGGAGAGGAUGAGAAGAAUGGAGCAACUCAAGAAAGGAUAACAUCGAGAUCAGUGGUCUUCCCGUUACUCCUCAUGAAGAUGUCAUCAGCCUGGUUAAAGACAUUGGGGCUGCCGUUGGAGUGGACAUCAGUGAGGGUAAUGUUUCAGCUGUUCACAGGGUACCGUCUUUCCAGAGGAACAGUACCCCAUCACUUGUGGUGAAAUUUGUGUGAAAAACAACACGUAACAGCAUCCUCAGGAAGUACAGGGAGAAGAAAGGAGGUAUGACAGCAAGGGACGACAAUCAAUCCUUUCCACAACAACGGAUAUACAUAAAUGAACACUUAUCACCGAAUAAUUAGGUGCAGAGUUCUUACGAAAGGUGAUAUUCCACCCAAAGUUUCUGGCUGUUGUGCACUUCUACAUGGAGAUGAUCUCUACACAUUUGGAGGGUAUCAGCACAAAUCAGAAACUGGCACUACCAAUCAUUUGUACCGGUUGAACCUUAAAACAUUGGAAUGGAAGCGACUGUUCCCCAUGGGUGACUGGCCAGUUUGCUGUGACAAAAUGGCUGGAUGGGUCUAUCAAGACAAGUUAUAUUUCUUUGGUGGUUUUGGACCUGUGGGCCGGUGCCGAAAUGAGUUCCAGAUAGUAUUGGAACCAACAUCGGAACUGUCACCUUGGCCUACUGGUUGGAAUAAUCAGCUGGCUGUCUACAACAUUGAACUGGAUUGCUGGGAGUGGCCACGAUGUCGAGGAAGUAUUCCCGCACCACGAGCCGCUCAUGCCGCAGCUAUUUCGGAAAAUAGGGUUUAUGUGUUUGGUGGACGCCUUAGACUGAUUCGUAAUAACGAACUUCACUGCCUUGAUUUAGACACUAUGACAUGGAGUGGAAAUUUGACUGAUGCUUCCAAGAGUGAGUGUGGUGUGCCUGAGGGUCGUACAUGGCACACUCUCACCUUCAUAUCCCCUGAUAAGGCUGUCUUGUAUGGUGGUCUCAGCCAGUACAAUGCAGUUCUCAAUGACUGUUGGAUCAUGAGUGUCGCAGGGAAAGUGACGUGGUCAGAACAUCAGCUACCAUAUGAUCAUGGAGAGCCACGCUGUUCCCACGUCGCUUGUUUCUUUCCCCCCCGUCUCUUGGUGCAUUCUGGUCUCACCCAACCAUAUUACAAAUCACGACUUCUUCUUACCGAUCAUGCUUAUGAACUGUUGGUACUGCCGUUUGCACCAAAGUCACUUUUUAGGUUGUGUCUUGAUGUAGUCUGCCAAAACAACCAGUUCCUAAAAAGUGAAUAUCCAACACUGCCAGUCAAUCUGCAGUCCAUCAUAUCUGCUCGACUGAACAACCCGUCCUAGUCUCUUACCUAUUAUAUAAUUUAAUUUUUAUUACAUUUUAGAGUCUAUUGAAGUUUAGUUUUAUUUUACUGUUUAUUAAUCAAAUGGUGAUUUUACAACACUGAAAAUUAAUUGUUUUAUUGGUUUCUAAUCAGUGUUUUUCUAUCAAAGUUAACUUUAUGUAUAGGUAAAAAGUUAGAAAAUGUGUUAAUCUUGUUAUUGAAUAGUUGUUUGAUAAUUAAAAUAAAUCAAGGUUUUAACUAGUUGGUUUCUUUUACAAUUAAUGUGGUUUGUUAGUUAAUAAAACAACUCUUACCUAAACCAUAAAUGUAUUGUUUUGAACUGACGACUUUUCUCUGUGAUUUAUUGUUCUUAUAUAAGUUAGUGCUACAAUUAGUUAGAUAGAUUAAGGUACAUUUGGAGUGUUGUGUGGGUGCAUGCAUGUUUCACUAAAUAAGUAAGGGUGGUUGUUUUCAGUUAACUGUGUUAUUAAGGUGCUGUGUGGUCUGUUUUAGGUGUUACAGUUACAUAAAAUUUAUUAAUAUUCUCAGGCGAUCUCAAGUGAACUUUUUCUGUAAAACAGAAUAGUUUAUGUUUGAUUGUCAACUUACUUAAGGUAUUGAUUUGUUUACAACUAAUUACCAAUUGAUUACGUCAAAUAACUAUGUUAAUACUUAAAGGUAGAAAUAAUCUUGUAAUCCAAUUUUCAAUGUUAACAUUAAAAAAACAACUCUUAAUAACAAGAGAUGCAAGGUAACCUAAUAAGUGAUCUUACAAGGAAUUCUAAAUAAUGUACAGAUCUACUAUAACAUAUAUAUAGUUUAUUGAAUUGUGACAUUCUCUAAAAAAUUAGAAUGUUGUUCCUUAUGUUUACUUAACAAUUCUUUCAGUUUUUGGAACGUGUUAAAUAUUAUUUCGGACCUUCAGUGUUGUGGCUGUACUUUUAGGUUAUCAGAAACAAGAGUUAGUAUACACAUUUUACUCAAUUUAAAUACUUAAAUGUAUAAAGUAAAAUGUUUAACCUUCCUGGUGGACUUUGGGAACUGUUAGAUCUCACUCAGUGGACUGUAUUUGUGGGAUGGCGUAAAUAUGCAGUUUCAAGUUGGCGACGGUAACUUAAUCCUAGGACUCAGAUUUUUUCAUAGUAUUUUUUACUAUUUUUUUAUUUUGUUUACAGUUAAAAGAGCAUGCUAGUCAACUGCCGGCUGCACAUCCGAGGCUCCAUCUUCAACAAGGGAAAAAGUUUAAAAUUGCAUUAUAAAUAGGAACCAGGUCCAAUCCAUAAAUAUUUAUUUCACUUUAAAAGCUUAGAUGUUAGUGUUUUAAUGCUAAUAAAUUUUGUUUAAUACAAUUAUCUGUAUAGUAUUAAUUUUUUCAACAUAAAUUUUGUUAUAGGAAAUCUAUACUGAAUAUAAAUUAUAAACAAGUAAUAUUAACAGAUAAUCGUAUUUAAAAAGUGUCAUUAGCAUUGAGACACUUAAAUCUAAAUUUUUAAAGUGAAAAAUUUAUGGUUUUAAGACUAGUUCCUGUCUAUAAUGCAGUUUUAAACCUUUUCCCAUGUCAAAAAACAGAGCCUCAGAUGCAAACAAGAGUUGACCAGUGUUCCUCAAAUCUGAUCACCUGUACAAUACAGAUCGAGAACUUUAGUGACAAGUGGUGCCUUGAGUGUGUGGCGAUAGGCAGGAGGGGUGGCAAGGUAGCAUUAUGCACUGCGUCCCAAAAUCAUUUUGUAUGAUUCAUCGGCGACAGUCUCCUUUCUCGGAUUUGUAUUGACCAACGUAACUCAUAAUACUUACUAAAAUCAGUCUGUUUUGUGACAGUGCCGAGUGUGGUGGUUGUUUGUGCUUCAUUUUUAUUGAUAAUGUCUGAUGAAUUAAAGUCGAAAGUAAAAUAAUUCGUAGUCAGGCCCACGAAAUCGUGAGGAAAGUUAAAAAAUUUGUUAAGGAUGAGGUAGACCGUCAAAUUGUUAAUAUUUCAUUGUCGAAGGCUCACCAAAGAACUGCUUCAGCAACUGGUGUAUUAGAAUGAGUUGAUUUGAUUCACUGUUCAUUUAAUGAAUCAAGUGAACAGUGAGCUUAAAAAAUUUAAAGUUAGUAAUCAGUGUGAGUUUUUUUUGGUGUCGAGUUUUAUUACAUCAAACAAGACCAACAACAACGUAGAACGGUUACAAUUUUAGAUGACUUUAAAAAAUGUGUAGUGAGAAACCUAGAGUAUUUUCACAUUGAAGAAUAUUGAAUACCGACUUCAAAACCAUUGAGGGAGGCAUUAAGGUCAAAAAUAAACUUCCAGGGCUGUAACUGAUAAUAGUCCAAGCAGGUAGAGAGAGAAAGGGUUCAUGCCUAAUGCUUAUACCUGUUGGAAAGCAAGCAACCACAGUGGAGACUACCAAGACAAUGUAUAUGGGGACAUAUUUAUGAAGUGGCUGAAGGAAGAAGAAUUACCAAUUUGGAACCAAUUCAGUACUGGUAGUCAAUAACAUGCCCUACCACAACAAACAAAUUGAAAAGGCUCCUAGUUCAAAAAGUAGGAAGCAGGAUAUGAAGGCAUGGCUUUCAAAAAACAGAAUACCAUUCAGUGAUGAUAUGUUUUUACCUGAACUGUACAAACUUGUGCAGCUACAUAAACUAAUACAUGUCCAGUACGUCUCGGCUAAAACUGUUCAGCUGGAGGGUCAUGACAUCUUACAACUUCCGCCCUACCACUCAGACCUUAAUUCCCUCAAGUUAAUUUGGGUGGAAUUCAUAGUUUUAUUUAGCUAAGAGGAACAUCCUGUACUGUGUCUCAAGCUAACACUCUCUGGAAAGACAAUAUAUCAAGUAUGCAGAAGAGUGGUUAGUAAAGUGCAAAUACGUAAAGAAAAUCGAAAAGACUAUGCAGCUGCAGAACUCCAGAUUGUCAAUAUUAUAAAAUCUUUUAUUAUAUCAGUUGGACGGAUACAGACAUCAGUGACAAUGACUCAACAGAGGAUGACCAUUUGAGUGGAACUGAAGAACUCCAAUAAAAAAACAAUCUUUGUAAGUCACAUUGUUGUUAUUUAAAAAUUAUAUUUAUUCAAGCCUUUUAAUUAAUACUGCAUAAAACCGCAAUAAUAAUUUAUUUUUAUAUUGAAAACUAAAUAAUUAGAGAGUCCAAUAAUAGGACAUUUCCUUGAUUUUUUUUUUCAAUUGUUGUAGUGUCAUUUAAUGUGUUUUUCGAAAUAACUUAUUUGUCUAUACUAAUCGGCAAAUCGAAAUCGUGAGUUUAAACUGACGAUAAAGAGAUUGUUGUGCCUUCAUCUCAGCAGGUAGCAUGUAAACAUAACUGGCAAAACAGAUAUUGUUAAUUUUUUGAAAGGUUAGUACUGUGGUUCCAUUCGCACAACUAAAUUCCUCCAUCUGUACUGGCUGACAGUUGACCAGCAUGCCUUCUUAAAUCUGACCACCUGUUCAAUACUGCUUCCUAUUGUGAACAUUAUAAACCAACUCUGCACAUCUUUUACUCACUACAUAUACUAGCUGAUAUUUAUAGCGUUAUAGUUCAGAAAAUUUCAAUCAGCGUCUUAUCAAUUAAUUAGUAAAAUAGGUCAUUUAUAACUAUGAAAUAUAAACAUGAUUUAUCUUUAAUUAUAAUCAGACAAAUGUUAGAAAGCGAUCAGGUAAACUAGUAGAAUGAAAUUGACAAGGAUGUUAAGUUAUAGAGAUAAAAAAUUAUUAAUGAAUAGAAUAGGAUAAAUUAACAGCAAAUGUUUGUUAUUGUAAUUCAUUUCUUUAUUAUUUAAUACGUAAGUAUAUCUAGUGUUUGAUUCUAAAAGAUAAUGUUGUUGGUUUUAUUUUAAAUUUGUUGGUGAAUCACCUCAUUUGCAUAUUGAAAAACGAAUGUAAAAAUGAGUUGAGAUUUAUUACAUUGAGUGGUUAUUCUAAUACUUGUAUUAGAUAAGUAUGAAAUGUCCAUAUUGUUUGGUCAUUUAGACAGAUGUAUCAGUAUAUAGUAAUACCGAUCUCAGAUACAUAUUGAGAUCAAGUUGUGGUGCCAAAUCCAUUAAUUACAUCAGCAGUACAAAAUAUUUAGACUAUUAGUUGUGCGUAAAGUACUAUUCAGCUUUAUUGUCAACAAUUUUCUUAUUUUAUGAAUAGAUAUUAUAAGAGUAAAGUUGAAAUUGAACCAAAAAUGUUUACCUGUUUAGUUAGAUCUCAUUUUGUAUUUAAGAUGUUAUUGUACAUAAAUCUUGAGAUAUGAGAAGUGUUGUAUAUUCACCCUAUCUCAGACCAUAUAUAAUUAUUGAUUGAAUUUGUUCCUUCACUUCAAUAAGUGAUAGUCAUUUCUCUCUUUUUAAAGUUCCUUGUUAUAAAACAAAUCAAUUUCUUAUCAGUAGUAUUAUAUUGAUGUUAUUGGUUUAGGUAAAUGUAUGACUGUUGUUAUAAAUAAUUUGUAAUUAUGUUAUUUGAUGUUUUAAAAGUUUUAACUAUUAAAUAAAUAGUGUCACCCAGUGA